AGUCCUGAUCAAGAGUCCGAGGUGGUUUAUCGGAGUUUCCUCAUUUUAUCUUUGUUGUUGUUUCCUUUUUUGUUUAAAUUUAUUUUCCUUCCAUUGAAAAAAAAAUCGUACUUUACAAUCAAGGUUUUUAAUUUGAAAAUUGAUUUUAUUGCGCUAUUUUUGUUGAAAAAGAAGAAAAUAGACUGGCGUUGUCGCAUUUCGAAACCACAUACCAUUUUCUCAGAGUUUGCCUUUUUUUUUCAAACCACCGGCAACUGAACACAUUUCAAGAUUGCUUAUCCAUCAAAGAGAAGAUUUUCAAAACAGAAAAUACUAUAUUUAAAUCAGAUCUUUUUUUUUUGAGAAGAUAAACUUUCAUGAGACAUGUUAACUGUGGCCAUCUCGGGCAAAGUAAACUCUUCCUUAAAAAUCCAAUUAAUAUUAGAAGGAUAAUUCUGUGGUAGCUGAAAAUUCAGAGCAAUAUUCGACUAAUAUCGAGGGUUGAAAAAUGUUGAUACUCUCUUCUACUAAUGUUUAAUUUCACACGGUUAAAGUUUAUCUCAUGUCUACUUUAACUCAUCCCAUCGCCAGUAUAGACCCAUCUAAGGUCAUACAGAAAAGAAGGGGGAGUUCGAUUGGAUCAGAUGAAGACGACCCUAGUGGGAACAAAUAUUCGAGAAUGGAAGAAGACAACAUGCAAGACAAAGAAAGAUUCGCUAGUAGAGAAAACCACUGUGAAAUCGAGAGGAGGAGGAGGAAUAAGAUGACUGCGUACAUUACGGAGUUGUCAGACAUGGUACCGACAUGCAGUGCACUUGCACGUAAACCUGACAAGCUCACUAUUUUGAGAAUGGCCGUUGCACAUAUGAAAGCCCUUAGAGGUACAGGAAACACGAGUUCUGACGGCAGUUACAAACCUUCAUUUCUAACAGAUCAAGAACUGAAACAUUUGAUACUUGAAGCAGCCGAUGGCUUUUUAUUUGUAGUGACUUGUGACUCAGGUAGAAUAUUUUAUGUUUCCGACUCUAUAAGUCCUGUUUUAAAUCAGUCACAGAGUGAUUGGUAUGGUUCAAUUAUCUAUGAACAUUUGCAUCCUGAUGAUGUUGAAAAGGUACGCGAGCAGCUCUCUACUCAGGAACCUCAAAACUCAGGAAGGAUACUAGAUCUCAAAACGGGAACCGUAAAAAAGGAAGGCCACCAAUCUUCGAUGAGGCUUUGUAUGGGUUCGAGGAGGGGAUUCAUUUGCAGGAUGAAGGUGGGCAAUGUAGGACUUGACAACCAUCUGAGUCGUUUGAAACAGAGAAAUUCUUUGGGACCUUCAAGGGAUGGAAACAAUUACGCGGUUGUGCAUUGCACGGGAUACAUUAAAAACUGGCCUCCAACCGGUCAAUUCGAUCCGCAUCCUUUAUCAGCCGUACAGAUGGAAAGAGGGGUUGAAGAUGAUGGAAGCCAUUGUUGCCUAGUUGCCAUAGGCAGGCUACAAGUCACUUCUACACCAAAUACAACAGAUUUAUCCGGAUCCAACAGCAAUUCAGAAUUUAUAUCCCGUCAUUCUAUGGAAGGAAAAUUUACUUUUGUCGAUCAAAGAGUCAUGGGUAUUUUGGGAUAUUCACCUCCUGAAUUACUAGGAAAAUCUUGCUUUGAGUUUUUCCAUCAUGAAGAUCAAACUCACAUGAAAGAAUCAUUUGAACAAGUUGUUAAACUAAAAGGGCAAGUCAUGUCAGUCAUGUAUAGAUUUCGUUCAAAGAAUAGAGAAUGGGUUUGGCUAAGGACUUCUGCUUUUGCUUUUCUGAAUCCUUACACGGAUGAGGUUGAAUACAUAGUGUGCACAAAUACCACUGCUAAAUCGUUGCAAAGUGGCACUGAAACUGAAGCCCCUGCUGAUGUAAACUAUCAACCAGGUGUAGAUUACACAUUACAGAGAUAUUCACAAAUGUCACAGCAUAUUCAACACAAUACUGACACAAGACCUAACCAGGUGUAUAAUUAUGCCCCGACACAGUCCCCAGUCGGCUAUAAUACCUCCCCGGGACAACAGAACAUAUCUAGAAUCAAACCGACGUCGAGUCCGACACCGGCACAACCUGCUUGGUCUCUGCGACAGCCUGUGAGUGAGAGCUAUCAGUUCAGCGAGGUCAGUCCCUGCCGCUCGCCUUCAGGACCGACAUAUACACAGUUGAGUGGAGGGAGAUCGGGAGUGCAAGCUUAUCACAAUCCUUCAAACAAUGCAGGGCUCUGGUCUUGGCAGGGCCAGCCUGAUGGCCAAGGAUCGAGUAACAGUGUAAAUCACAACGUCCCUCCUCAGCCUGGACCUCAAAAUCAGCCACCGGAACUUUCGGACAUGAUGAUGCAAAUUUUAGACCAAGGAGGAGCAUCAACAUUUGAAGAUUUAAAUAUGUUCAAUGAGUAAUCUGUAGUUAAAGAAAAGAAAGCAUAAACAUUCCUUUAAAUAAGUAUUAAAUAUAUUUCACAGGAAAUUGUAAGCUUGCAAAUUUUGUUUUAUCUUUCGAUCAAAUUUAUUGGCCAUAAUAUAUUUAAGUAUAAGUUGGGGCGUAGGAGCAAAAAAGGUAUUAUUUUAUUUUAACAGAUUAUAAAAGGAAUAAUUUUCUACCUGAUUUAAAAGGCUUGGUUAGAUAGAGUGUGAUACCAAUAAUUUGUUCCUACGCCUGUUUUUUUUUUUUUUUUUUAUUGUUUUCAAAUUUAGCUUCAAAAUAUAUAAUUGUAAACACAUUUAAGUUUAAAGAAAUUUUUUUUUGCCAUGAUAUGCACAAGAAUUCCUUGUAAUAAAUAAAUAUUUAUAUGAAAAAUGGAAAAGUUUAAAUGUAAUAUUUUAGAUGUAUGCUAAACCACAAAUCAAUGUUUUUGUUAUUUUUAGAUUAGCUUUAGGGCUUUGGCAAAGCAUUUUUAGCAAUUGUUUGCGUUUGAUUUCCACACCAUGUUUUUUAUACAUAAAUACACAUAUUUUUUCUGUAA